AUGAUUUUAUACUUGUCUCAUUUUGAUGUAUUGCAGAAAUUAAUUUCAAUGCUUCAAUAUUCAUAUGAAGUAUUGGAUACUCUAGAGUUCACUUCUGAUCGGAAAAGAAUGUCAAUAGUGAUUAAAGAUUGCCGAGGUGGAAAAACAUUCCUUCUGUCCAAGGAGCAGAUGAAGCAAUUCUUCCUCAUGCAUUACCUGGGUUGUCCACAACAGCGUGAAAUUUCUCAGGAAGGAAUCAACUCACAGUACAUUAUUCAUGGACAUCCAUUUCUCUCUUCUCUUAGACCCAGACAACAAACAAGGACUUUUGCUGAAGCUGUGGAGCAAUAUGCGCAAUUAGGCCUCCGGACUCUAUGCUUGGCUUGGCGUGAGCUAGAGGAAGAUGAAUAUCGAGAAUGGUCUUUGAUGUUUAAAGAGGCUAACAGCACAUUGGUCGAUAGAGAGUGGAGAGUCGCAGAGGUCUGCCAAAGACUAGAGCAUAACUUGGAAUUACUUGGGGUUGCUGCAAUAGAGGAUCGUCUACAGGAUGGUGUACCAGAAACAAUUGAGACUCUUAGAAAGGCAGGAAUUAACUUUUGGAUGCUAACUGGAGAUAAGCAGAAUACUGCAAUACAAAUUGCUCUUUCAUGCAAUUUUGUUUCACCAGAACCUAAAGGCCAGCUUCUGUUAAUAAAUGGUAAAACUGAAGAUGAAGUAUGUACAAGUCUAGAGAGAGUUUUACUUACUAUGAGAACUACAAAUUCAGAACCCAAGGAUGUGGCUUUCGUUGUGGAUGGCUGGGCUCUUGAAAUUGCACUUAAACAUUACCGGAAAGCAUUCACAGAAUUAGCAAUAUUGUCAAGGACAGCUAUCUGCUGUCGUGUUACACCAUCCCAAAAAGCUCAGCUUGUAGAGCUCCUAAAAUCAUGUGACUACAGAACUUUGGCAAUUGGGGAUGGUGGGAAUGACGUGAGGAUGAUCCAACAAGCUGACAUUGGGGUUGGCAUAAGUGGGAGAGAAGGACUGCAGGCAGCCAGGGCAGCUGAUUAUAGUAUUGGAAGUGUCUCUGGAACCAGCCUUUUCAACUCUGUCAGCUUGAUGGCUUAUAACGUUUUCUACACUAGUAUCCCUGUAUUAGUCAGUGUCCUUGACAAAGAUCUCAGUGAAAGAACUGUGAUGCAGCACCCACAAAUAUUAUUUUACUGCCAAGCAGGAAGUUUUGUAGAGGCCUCAGAGGAGAAUGGGGAAAUGCAUAUGUCUACAUCGUGGGAUGGGGGAACUGGCUCUCAUUGUACACACUCAUUCAAAUCUUCUGGCAUACUUCCUGUUAAUUUCAUCAUCCGAGUAUCAAUUGAGGAAAGAGAUGAUACUGAUGAACCCUUUGAGUUGUUCCUAUCCGGGUACCCUAAUGGUUUAACUGCCUCUUCUUUCAAUAAACUAGGAAAUCCUAAAUUAUGUGAUUGGGAAUAGUACCUUCCUAAAGGCAUGUUUGAAGAUGGUAGUUUUGUUGCAAAUGCAUACAUAAGGCGAUCGUUCACCCCUAUUUUGUUAGGCUUCAGUUAGGUCCAGUUGCAGACAAGGUAAUCUUGGUAAAACUGCAAGUGAACUCAUAAACAAGGAAGCUGUUGGUGGACUUGUUCCCUACAGUCAAUGUCAUAAAUCAAUGAUGAGGAGGAGAUAUUUGAGAGAAUGUCACUAUGCAUUUCAAUGAUGUGAGCGAGACUUGAAUUUGAAUUUCCUUUGGAAUAUGUGGAAAGCAGGCGAGACAUUAUUUUUAGUUGCUCACAGAUGAUCACAUUAGCUUUAGAGGACAUGUGUGGUCCUUGCAGCACUUCAUUGGCAAUUUCUCAAUGCAAG